AUGGAUUUAGAGUUGGAAUAUCAAGAAGAGUACAGGACGAACUCGAGAGGAGUGCAACUCUUCACCUGUAGAUGGUUGCCGUCGUCGUCCUCUCCAAGGGGCCUGGUUUUUCUCUGCCAUGGCUAUGGCAUGGAGUGCAGUAGCUUCAUGAGAGAAUGUGGGGUAAGACUAGCGUGUGCCAAGUAUGCUGUGUACGGUAUCGAUUAUGAAGGACAUGGACGUUCUGAAGGUGCUCGUUGUUACAUCAAGAAGUUUGAUAACAUAGUUAAUGAUUGUGAUGACUUUUUCAAGUCUGUUAGUGUGCUCCAAGAGUACAAGGGAAAGGCUAGGUUCUUGUAUGGAGAGUCCAUGGGAGGGGCAGUGAGCUUGCUUUUGCAUAGAAAGGACCCUUCAUUCUGGGACGGUGCAGUUCUGGUGGCUCCCAUGUGUAAGAUAUCAGAGAAGGUGAAGCCACACCCAGUGGUGGUCAACAUUUUGACUAAAGUGGAAGAUAUAAUUCCGAAGUGGAAGAUAGUUCCCACAAAGGACGUCAUCAAUUCAGCCUUCAAAGACCCUGCUAAACGAGAGAGGAUAAGAAAAAACAAGCUGAUAUACCAGGACAAGCCCAGGCUAAAAACAGCAUUAGAAAUGUUAAGAAUCAGCAUGAGUCUAGAAGACAGCUUAUAUAAGGUGACACUGCCAUUUUUUGUAUUGCAUGGAGAAGCAGAUACAGUGACUGACCCAGAAGUAAGCAGGGCAUUAUAUGAGAGGGCGAGUAGCAAAGAUAAAACCAUAAAAUUGUACCCAGGAAUGUGGCAUGGCUUAACAUCGGGGGAGACUGAUGAGAACAUCGAAGAAGUCUUUGAGGACAUUAUAAUGUGGCUGGACAAACACACCAGCAAUCCCACUCAUGCUUCCCAACAACAAGUUGAAACUUAUAACUCUGGCAUUGAGAGAUUGACCACAAUUACAUCACCAGCAAAGAUUGUAAAGCAAGCAAACGGGCGAAGAAGCUAUCUUUGUUGCUUGAAAGGAAACCGCUUGCUAUACCAUUCAGCAAUUUAG